AUGGGGAUUGUGGGUGAUGCACGGAAGGUGUUUGAUAGAAUGCCUGAGAGGAAUUCUGUUUCGUGGGCUACUAUGAUUUCGGGGUACGCAAUGCUGCACAUGGCUGGCAAGGCGGUGGAGGUGUUCGGGUUGAUGAGGAGGAGUGAGGAGAAUGAGGGGGAGAAUGAGUUUGUUUUGACUAGUGUUGUGAGUAUGUUGGCUGUUCGUGAGUUUGUUGAUACGGGGAAACAAAUUCAUUGUCUUGCGGUGAAAAAUGGGCUGAUGAGUUUUGUUUCUGUUGGGAAUGCGCUUGUUACAAUGUAUGGGAAAUGUGGGAGUUUGGAUGAUGCGCUUAGGACUUUUGAGCUAUCUCGUGAUAAGAAUUCGAUCACUUGGUCUGCUAUGAUAUGUGGUUUAGCGCAGAGUGGGGACUCCCAUAAGGCUUUGGACUUGUUUAGAGACAUGCAUUUUUCUGAGAUAAUGUCGAGCCAGUAUACGUUUGUUAGGGUUAUCAAUGCUUGUGGUGGCAUUGGUGCUCUUAAAGAAGGACAACAAGUGCAUAGUUUUUUGUUGAAGAUGGGAUUUGAAGAGCAGGUAUACAUAAUGUCUGCUAUGGUUGAAAUGUAUGCCAACUGUGGUAGAGUCGGUGAUGCUUGUAAUGGGUUUGAGUAUUUGAAAGAACCCGAUGUUGUUCUUUGGACUUCUAUGAUUGGAGGGUAUGUACAAAACAAGGAGUAUGAAGCUGCUUUAGGUUUGUAUUGCAGAAUGCAUAAGGAGGGAAUCAUGCCUAAUAAACUUACGAUGGCCAGUGUUUUAAAUGCAUGCUCGAACCUGAGUUCUUUUGAACAAGGAAAACAAAUUCAUGCCUGUACAAUCAAGUAUGGAUUCAGUCUUGAAGUUCCAAUUGGAAGUGCUCUUUCCACCAUGUAUGCAAAGUGUGGGAAUUCAGAAGAUGGGAAUCUUGUAUUUAGGAGGAUGCCAGUGAGGGAUGUAGUCGCUUGGAAUGGAAUAAUCUCUGGCCUUGGUGGCCCUGGUGGUUUCAGGUCGAAGAUCCAGGCAGCCUUGCCGCUCACCCUCAAACCCAAAUCUCAAAUGGCCUCACUUCUCACCAUCGUGGAUCCCCAAACCCGAACUCCUCAACCGUUUGAGAUACCCGAAGACCUUGACGACGUCCUCCGCUCCGCCCAACAACUAAUAGACUUGGCUAAAACGACGCCGUUUCAGAGCUUGAGCGAUGAGUCUCGAAUUAAGCGCGCAUGGGCUCACUAG